AUGUCUUCCGUUGUGACCAAAGGGGAAAUUGCCUUCAAAACGGUAAACACAGACCCCGAUGGGGUGUUGGGCUGCGUGUCGCCCGAUUAUGAACUAAAAGAUUGGCAAAGCACCCUCACGGUGAUGAAAUCCGGGACAGGCCUAUUCGUCGUCUCAUCAUCCUCAUCCACUCCCGCACCCUCAUCGACAACCACUCCGUCAACAGUCUCAACUACACAGACCACAGAACCCACAACUUCACGGCCGUUAUCAUCACUGUCCAAAUCUAGUACAAAUACCGGCGCUAUUAUCGGCGGUGUUGUCAGCGGUGUUGUCGGAGGGGUUGCUGGUGUAGCUAUCCUUGCUGCCCUGGUUUGGUCUUUUGCAUGUUACAAGGCUAGACGACGAAGAAAAGCCGACCCCGCGAUACCACCGCCAUUGGCCACUUACGGCGUCCAGGAUACACAGAUAAUCCAGCAAAAGCCCAAAAGCCGUGCGCCGAUUCAGGAAUUUGACACUGGCUUGGACUUCCCAUCAGUCCAUCAUCCUGUCGAGUAA